UCUCCUCUCUGUCUCAAACACAUAGCCCCCACACAGCACACAGUGCAAUGUUUCUGUGCAUACCCAGAUGGAAUGCAUUAUUCCUCAUUUUACAUGUUCUAUUUGUUUUUCAAGCUCUUGGGAUUACGCUCAAACAAACCCCAAAACCCUAUGAAUCCCUCACAUACCUUUGGCCUCUCCCUUCAGAAUUCACUUCAGGGAAUGAGUCUCUUUCAGUUGACCCUUCACUCACACUCUCUGUGGCCGGUAAUGGUGGUGCAUCUCCCAUUGUUAGAGGUGCCUUUGAUAGAUACAGAGGGAUCAUAUUUAAGCACAGUGAUCAUGGGUUUGGUUCUAUCAGAAAGUUAAGGGAAAGAAUAGUAUCUGCCUAUGAUAUUUCCAGAUUGAAGAUCACUGUUCAUUCAGAUAACGAGGAGCUUCAACUUGGAGUGGAUGAAAGCUAUACUUUGCUGGUUUCCAAAGCCAAGGAGUAUUCCAUUGUUGAGGAAGUCACAAUUGAGGCAAAUACUGUUUAUGGUGCAUUACGUGGAUUAGAGACAUUCAGUCAAUUGUGUUAUUUCGAUUAUACAACCAAAACAGUACAAAUAUACAAGGCACCUUGGUCCAUCCAAGAUAAACCUAGAUUUGCAUACCGUGGGCUUAUGUUGGAUACAUCGAGGCACUAUUUACCAAUUAAUGUAAUUAAGCAGAUUAUUGAAUCUAUGUCCUUUGCUAAACUUAAUGUUCUGCACUGGCACAUCAUAGAUGAGCAGUCAUUUCCUCUCGAGAUACCUACAUAUCCAAAUUUAUGGAAAGGUUCAUAUGCAGAGUGGGAACGUUACACAGUAGAGGAUGCAUAUGAAAUUGUCAACUUUGCCAAAAUGAGAGGCAUAAAUGUGAUGGCAGAAGUGGAUGUCCCUGGUCAUGCAGAAUCAUGGGGUGCUGGAUAUCCUGAUCUUUGGCCAUCACCUUCCUGUAGAGAGCCACUAGAUGUUUCGAAGAAUUUUACUUUUGAUGUCAUUUCUGGUAUUCUGACAGAUAUGAGAAAGAUUUUCCCAUUUGAGCUAUUUCACUUGGGUGGUGAUGAAGUUAAUACAGAUUGCUGGAACAGUACUUUUCAUGUAAAGGAAUGGCUUCAGAAUCACAACUUUACUGCGAAAGAUGCCUAUCAAUAUUUUGUGCUGAAGGCCCAAGACAUAGCCCUUUCGAAAAAUUGGAGUCCGGUGAACUGGGAAGAAACCUUCAAUACAUUUCCAACAAAGCUCCAUCCUCAAACAGUAGUGCAUAACUGGUUGGGCCCUGGGGUUUGUCCAAAGGCUGUUGCAAAAGGUUUCAGGUGUAUUUACAGUAACCAGGGCGUAUGGUAUCUUGACCAUCUAGAUGUACCUUGGGAUGAGGUCUAUACUGCUGAGCCACUUGAAGAAAUAGAUAAGGUUUCCGAACAAAAGCUUGUACUUGGAGGAGAAGUUUGCAUGUGGGGUGAGACAGCUGAUACAUCCAAUGUUCAGCAAACAAUAUGGCCUAGAGCUGCUGCUGCUGCAGAACGCUUGUGGAGUCACAGAGAUUUUACUUCUACACAAAAUAUUACAUUAACCGCGUUGCCCCGGUUGCAACACUUCAGAUGUUUGUUGAAUAAACGUGGGGUUCCAGCUGCUCCUGUCACAAAUUAUUAUGCUAGAAGGGCUCCUGUUGGUCCAGGUUCAUGCUAUGACCAAUAAUCCUUAUCAUGCUUCAUCUGUCCAUGUAUAGCCUGUUGUGAAAGUAACUGAUGUUUAUCUACAAUGCCUGGUUUGUGAGCUAGAAUUAUUAUUUGAUGCUCAAACCCUUCACUGCUAUGCUAUGGUCGUUGUAUGUCAGAGCUAUCUAGUGAACUGGCAGAAGCUAUAUUGUAAUGUAAUUUAUUGUUGAGUUAAAUAAAUCAUAUCCAUUUUACUUGGUUUUUG